GCAAUAUUUAUAUAUAUCCUUUAGGGUUUCUUAUAUCUCUUUGCCGACUACUCAACAAGCAGCAGCAGCAGCAGCAGCCGUCUUCAACCGGAACACCUAAUAUCAGUGAAAAUGGCGGACACCAAAGCAGUGACUAUUCGUACUAGGAAGUUCAUGACAAACAGGCUUCUGUCAAGGAAACAAUUUGUCAUCGAUGUGCUACACCCCGGCAGGGCUAACGUCUCCAAGGCUGAGUUGAAGGAGAAAUUGGCUAGAAUGUAUGAUGUGAAAGACUCAAAUGCCAUCUUUGUUUUCAAGUUCAGAACUCAUUUUGGUGGUGGCAAAUCAACCGGUUUUGGUUUAAUAUAUGAUUCGGUGGAGAAUGCCAAGAAGUUUGAGCCAAAGUAUAGGCUUAUCAGGAAUGGACUUGACACCAAAGUUGAGAAAUCAAGGAAACAGUUGAAGGAAAGGAAGAACAGAGCAAAGAAGAUUCGAGGUGUAAAGAAGACCAAGGCAGGAGAUGCCGCCAAGAAGAAGAAGUGAGCAACGGAACAGGCAAUACUUGUUUUCAUUUUAUGUCAUGUGUUUUGUUGUCUUGGUGCAACUUCUUUUUGAUCGUUAACUCUGAAUCUCUGUUUCUGGCAGUUGCCUAUUUUGAGACUAUUGGGUUUCUUAUUUAGAAAUUUAAAUUAGAGAGAUUUCCAGAAGUGUAGUUUAUGUUUAUGUUUGAUCAAAUCUUUAAGAUGCUUGUAUUGUCUUAUUGAAGUUUUUCAUGUUGAUUUAA